AUGGAUGAGGAAAUGCUAGAGGAGGAAGUUGGGGAAACAGAAGAAGAGACAAGUACCAAGAAUAUGUGGGAAAACCAUUACAGAAUAGAGAUCGCUGUUUACCGACUAGAAACAGAAAAGAACGAGUUGGUUGAGAAAUUAUCAACUUUGACAGAAGAGAUAACUUCUGGAAAGGAUAGAUUUAUCCGCCUGCAAGCUGACUUUGAUAACUUUAGAAGGAGAUCAGGUAAAGAGAGACUAUCAGUUCGAAGCGAUGCACAGGGAGAAGUAAUUGAGAGUCUUCUUCCAAUGGUGGACAACUUUGAGAGGGCGAAGCAACAGUUACAACCAGAAACGGAUAAGGAAAAACAGAUUGAUACGAUUUUUCUAAGAUAG